AUGGUCAACACUCAGAAGCCCAUCCGGCUGCCGCCGCUGCGCGUGCUGCGUGUCCGGCACCCGAACCGUACCGAGUCGAACCCUUGCUUGACCGUGAUGUCCUCCGUGUUAUCUUGUUGGGCGUCAGCCGGCUACCACGGGAGGGGCUGCACCACCGUCGAGCAAGCCCUGCGCGCAUGCAUGGACGCCCCUCGACCGCCAGAGAAGAGCUCCAACACCAUCAACUACCACCUCGCCCGCUUCUCCAAGAGGCUGAUUGCCCAAGGGAGCAAGAAAUAA